AUGGUCCUUAAACCAGGUACUGGUAGCUUUGGCUCUGUGUGCAGGGUGUCAGUGUUCCAGCGAUGGUUUGAUGUGUUUGUGCAGGACUGUCUGAAGCUGUUCUCUAAAGAGGAGCGUCUGACCGACAGCAACCGCUUCUACUGCCGCCGCUGUAAGACACACCGAGACGCCAUCAAGAAGAUGCAGAUCUGGAAACUUCCUCCCAUUCUCCUCGUACACUUGAAACGGUUCAAGUACGACGGCCGCUGGAGGGAGAAGCUGCAGACGCUGGUGGAUUUCCCGCUGGAUAAUCUGGACCUGUCACAGUACGUCAUCGGACCCAAACACAACCUGAAGAAGUACAACCUGUACGCUGUGUCUAAUCAUUACGGAGGGCUGGACGGCGGUCACUACACGGCGUACUGUAAGAAUCCUCUGAAGCAGCGCUGGUUCAAGUUUGAUGAUCACGAGGUGUCCGAUGUCUCCGCCUCCUCGGUGCGCUCGGCCGCCGCCUACAUCUUCUUCUACUCGUCUCUAUGAGGGACAGCGACAGGGCGUCACCAUGGUGACCGGGUGAUUGACACAUGCUUGACAUGCAGCUGUGGGCGGAGCUAAAGCCCUAUCCAUGAGGACUGAUGGACACUUCUCUGAGGGAACGCUCUCUCUCUCUCUCUCUCUCUCUCUCUCUCUCUCUCUCUCUCUCUCUCUCUCUCUCUCUCUCUCAGUGGCGUCUGUAUUCCUGCAGGAGUCUGAACACAGGAGCUUUGAUCUGCUCUUGACGUGUGAGAUUAGACGUCCAUAUAAGCGCACUAUAAUCUUAACCCCUCAUUAGAUGUGCAAUGUUUUGUUUAUUUAUAUGGUGACCAAAUAUAACGGGUGCUGCCAGAUCCGAAAGCGAGCUGAUGGUUAACAGUAAAUAACACACACUAGUCAUUAUCAUCACGCACUAAAGCGCAGUGAGCUUGGGCCCGCUCUGCUCUGCAGGCUAGUGUUCAGGGAUCAGCUGACCACAGCGGUGCAGUGACCCUCAUCGACUGAGACCAGCUGAUUAACCCAUCGGUCACCCAGCGGUCAGCAGUAUCUCUGAGUCUGACACACAGCCGUCUCUCUACUAAUACUUCUCUGAAUCCAGCUGCUCGACAGUGACCCAUUCUGCAGCGUCUCUCUUCUGAUGAACGGACUGAUUCUCUCACAUGGUUUCUUAUUAUAUUAAGCGCAAUCUUUAAAUCCAUGUAUUAGCCUAUAAACCUUAAACAUGCAUUAAUAAACAGAUGUAAACACA